AUGAUGACAUUCCGCCCGUUGAUGCGUCGACUUCCAAUGGAAACCAUACAGGUGUUGGUUCCGGUGGAACACAAGUUCACAGUGGUGCUGUGUUGCCUUUUGUUGACUGGAGAAAACUAUAAUAAGUGGGCAUCGGAGUUGCUUAAUGCUCUUCAGGCCAAACGAAAGCUAGGUUUCAUACAUGGAGUCCUUCCGAAACCAGCUGUUGGGAUCCCUGAUAUGGAGAAUUGGUUGACGGUGAAUUCAAUGCUUGUGGGUUGGAUUCGAGCGUUGAUUGAACCUAAAGUUAGGUCUAUUGUAACGUAUAUCUCGGAUGCUCACUUGUUGUGGACCGAGCUCAAGGAACGUUUCUCAGUUGGAAACAAAGUGCGUACUCAUCAGAUUAAGUCUCAGCUUGCUGCGUGUCGACAGGAUGGACAAUCUGUUCUUGAGUACUAUGGUCGUCUCUCUGCCUUGUGGGAAGAGUUACAGAUGUAUCAACCAGCGAUCUCAUGCUCCUGUGGAGCUGCCUCUGUUUUUGCCAAAGAAAAGGAGGAAGAAAAAAUCCAUCAAUUUGUUAUGGGUCUCGAUGAUGCGAGAUUUGGUGGACUCUGCACGGGAAUCAUUGCAGCAGAUCCGUUGCCAAGUCUCGGUGAGAUUUAUUCUAAGGUGGUUCGCGAAGAGCAAAGAUUGGCGUCGGCACGACUCCGUGAUCAAAACCAAGAGGUUUUGCUACACGGCGUGAUUGAAGUGUCACUCUCGUCCCGGCGAGAACAGAGUCAGAGUUCUGACUCGCGUUCUGACGUACCAAACUCAAUCCGUCGUGACAAAAAUGUCUUGUGUGCUCACUGUGGUCGUUAUGGUCAUGAGAAGAAGGAUUGCUGGCAGCUUGUUGGCUUUCCUGAAUGGUGGAAUGAACGCAAUAACGGGUUUGGUCGUGGUGGUGGUCGUGGAAGAGGUGGACGUGGAGCUGGUGUCAACAAUUCUGGCCGUGGUGGCGGUCAAGCUAAUGCAGCGCAUGCCACAAGCUCUAAUGCGUCUUCUUUUCCCGAGUUCACUCCUGAUCAAUGGAAAGCUCUCUCCAAGUUAAUUCAAGAGAAAUCGGGUGAAGCUAGUUCAGACAAGUUGUUUGGUAAGAAAGGUUAUGGUGAUGUUAUUCUUGAUACAGAUCUCAAUUGUACAUUGAUUUCUGUGUCGAAACUGCUAAAACAAACCAGUGGAGUGGCUAUAUUUACUGAUACUCUUUGUGUGUUACAUGACCGUUUUUCGAGGACUCUGAUUGGAGCCGGUGAGGAACGUGAUGGGGUUUACUACUUCAAGGACGUCAUGGCUGCAAGGAUUCAUCGAGCUGUUGCUGAUUCAGAAUUAGCUUUGUGGCACCAGCGGCUAGGACAUCCGUCCUUUUCUGUGCUUUCUUCUUUACCGUUGUUUUCUGGUGUUUCGAAAUCUGUUUGUUCGGGUCAGUGUGACGUGUGUUUCCGAGCAAAACAAACUAGAGAGGUGUUUUCAGAGAGUCUUAAUAAAACAAAGGAAUGUUUUUCCCUUAUUCAUGUUGAUGUAUGGGGUCAAUACCGUGUGCCUUCCUCUACGGGAGCUGUUUAUUUUUUAACUAUCGUUGAUGACUAUUCUCGAGCAGUUUGGACGUACUUGCUACUUGAGAAAUCCGAAGUUAGUAAAGUCUUGAAGAAUUUUCUCGCUUAUACAGAGAAGCAAUUUGAGAAAACAGUAAGGAUGGUGCGUAGUGACAAUGGCACAGAAUUUAUGUGUCUGUCUUUUUUUUUCCGCGAGAAAGGCAUAGUUCAUCAAACUUCUUGUGUGGCUACACCUCAGCAGAACGGACGUGUUGAGCGAAAGCACAGACACAUCCUCAACGUGGCUCGUGCCUUGCUGUUUCAACGUAACUUACCAAUCAAGUUUUGGGGAGAGGCGAUCCUCACUGCUGCAUAUAUGAUUAACCGUACACCCUGUGCUAUUCAUCUUGGCCGCUCUCCUUAUGAGAUACUACACGGUCAGAAACCUUCCUAUGACCAGUUAUGA